AUGUUUGGAGAGGAAGAGAUGAAGCGUUAUUGUAAGAAGAUGAAAAUAUCAUCUGUGAUGAAUAGCAAAAGAUACAGUAUUGUUAGAUCACGAAAAUCCACAUCACAGUCACCUCAAGUAUUUCAAAAUCAUAAAUCUACUUUCAACGUCUUCCAGUUGCUCGUGCCGAAGGAAAAAAUAGAAAUUGUGGUAGAUGAUACAUCAGUAGAGGUGAACUGUGACACAGAUGUUCAAAAAUUGAAUGGAGAUAAAGCAAAUGAAACUCAAGACGCUAUAGAUUCAGAUGUUAUUUUAUUAACAGACGAAGAAGAAAGUUUAUCUGGCAGCCAAAGGAAUUUGAGCGAUGUCAAACCCGAGAUAGUAUUACUUAAUGAGAGUUCGUCCAGUGACUUAGGUAUUUCGGACGAAAUUAUCUGUUUAGAGGAUAUGAACUUGGUUCAUGAAGCAGGACUUUCUCCCCCUACGCUACCACAGAAAACAAUGAAGGAGCAACAGGACGAAACAGGGAGAUCUACGAUUUGCGAAAUUUACCGAGAAAAACAAACCGGUUCUUAUCUCACAAAUAACCAAAGCUUUCCUUGGGCUCACAGUCUGCUGCCUUCAACUUCAUCGUAUCGCCCUACAAACAUGCCAGAAUUUGUGGAUUUGCUGACUCAAGGUACUUUAUCAAUUUGUAAGAAAUGGCUACGAAGAUGGGAUGUUGUACAGAGCGGAGUGAUCGAUGGUAACCCAUUAAGGAUAUGUAGUUACAAUGUUCUUUGUCAACAAACUGCCUAUAAAACUCCUGAAUUGUACAUACAUCUUGCGAAACCAGGACGUGCUUACGAAUUAACUUGGGAAAACCGGUGGAGGUUGUUGACACGUGAAUUCUCAAUGAUCGCUGCAGACAUUUUUUGUCUUCAGGAAGUGCAGUACGACCAUUACGAUUAUUUCUUUAAACCAUACUUCGAAGCUGCUGGUUUGCUUGGUAAAUACAAGAAGCGAACACAUAGUUUGAUAGAUGGCUGUGCAAUAUUUUACAAAUCUCAUUUUCAACUGCUUAACUAUCAGCAUAUUGAAUACUACGUAAGCAGUGAUUCAGUAUUGGACAGGGAUAAUAUCGGUCAAUUGGUUCGUUUAAAAGAUAUGAGAAGUGGACGGGAAUUCUGCAUCGCUAAUACACAUUUAUUAUUUAAUAAACGACGUGGUGAUGUGAAACUUGCACAACUUGCUGUUUUACUUGCAAACAUCGAUAAGGAAUGUGGUCCGGAAUCUGGCCAAGAAUGUCCGUAUAUCGUGUGCGGGGAUUUUAAUAUUCAGCCAUAUAGUCCACUGUAUAAUUUUAUCAUGAGUGGUGAAAUUUGUUUCACUAAUCUACGGCGAGGUGAUAUUUCAGGCCAAGGUAGUCCUGGUGGCCCGUUUGUUUCAGUUAAUCUAUUGCCUGAAGAUGUAAAAAUUGCUCGAAAUUGUCGAUUCAAAUAUCUGAAAAAUCGUGCAAUGUUACUUCCUUCGAUAAAUUGCUGGAGUCAUCCGCUCUCUUUCAACAGUGUUUAUCAUCAUGUAAAUACAGAGGGCGGGCCAGUGGUUUCAACUUAUCACAGCGUUGAGGCUGUUAAUCCAGAUUUCAUAUUUUAUUCUGUCAAAUCAAAUGGAAUGAAGCAAGCGAUGUUCCCGAGUUUCAAUCAAGAAAUAAAUGUUUCUGAAAGAGAAAUACGGUUGAUUCGACGUCUUAGUUUGCCAAAUAUGAAUCAGUUAGCUGGAACUUUAGGUCCAUGGCCUAAUUCAUCGACUCCAUCCGAUCAUAUACCUCUCAUUGCUGAUUUUGUUUUGCAGUAA